AUGAAGUUUCGCAUGAAAUGGAAAUGCAUAGGUCCAGACGACGAUCAGGCAAGAUUGAGGCUGAAGCGGAAACUUCAGAGGAACAGGACGUCCUUCACCAACGAUCAGAUAGAUAGUUUAGAGAAAGAAUUCGAGCGCACCCACUACCCGGACGUCUUCGCCAGAGAACGCCUGGCGGCCAAGAUAGGCCUUCCCGAAGCCCGCAUCCAGGUGUGGUUCUCCAACAGGCGCGCCAAGUGGCGGCGCGAAGAGAAACUGCGCAACCAGCGAAGGGGGGCGCCCGGCGGGGGAGAGCACCCAGGAUCUGCCCCCCCGCAGCCCCCCUCGCCGCCGAGGCUGCACGGUUUCCACGGACGGCCGUCCUCAGAGUUACCGGCGCAGCGGUCCUUCGCCGGCCAUCGAAACAGUGGUGAGUGA